AAUGACGAUUCUUUUUCCAGACUGAUCGUGUGCAUCAUUCCGAACCGAUUAGUUUCAGAAUCACCCUCUCAUUCUACAGUAGCAUAACACUACUGCAUCAUUCAAAACACUUGUUUGAUAAAAUCAACAAUUAUUUCAUGGCGCAUACUAUUCAGAGUCAAGCCAAACUCAAAGCAGAAUUCUUCCGCACAAUCAUGCCUAAAAAGGGCAACUCAAAUGACUAUCAAGUUUUUCUUAGCCGUCUUCACAAUAGAUAUAAGAAAUGCAAGAAAGCCGAAGCUCGCAUUGAUGUCGUUGACUUAGUGGAACAAUUCACAAUAGGAUUGAAUACAACUUAUUUAAUCAUGGCCCAAAUUGAACUUAAAAAGUUGGAUCAAGCUACUCGUGAUAACACCCUCACAAUGGAAUUGUUUCACCAAGCUUCGGUAGAAGUCGGCCGCACUGGUACAAGAAAGGAAACCUCCGAUCAUUUGUAUUCAGUCAUUCACAAUGAAAUUUAUGGUCAAAAGACGAAGGAAACUCUCCCGACUGCCAUGACCAAUACGCAAUCAAAACGUCCUUGGUGUGAUCAUUGCAAUAAACCGGGACACAGAAAAGACAAAUGUUGGAAAUUGCAUGGCAAGCCUGAAAAUUAACACUACUGCAUCAUUCAAAACACUUCAAUAGUAACACGUCGCGUUGUAUUAAAUUGUAUUAUUAAACCCUUCUAUUUACCCAAUGAAUGUGCUAAGCUUUGUCAUCGAGAAUGUGCCCUCAAAUUAAAAUAAAGGCAUUU